AUGUCUUCGACAUUUUUAUCGGUGGCCGCCGGCAUUUCGGGAAUUGUUGUGAUUGGCGCGGUUUUUAGCGUUUUUCACAUUUUCGCCGAUAUUAACAGUUUUGUUAAUGAUGCUCAGAGGGAUUUGAAGGAGUUUAAGGUAAGAUUUAGGGGUAGGCUUAAGGGCUUUAGGGCUUUAGGCUUCUUCAUCUCACGAAAUUCUAGGGCUAUGCGGACGACGCUUGGAACUCGAUGAUGGUCGAAGACUCGAACCGCUUCGCCAGAUCAGUCUUCCGUCAACGUCAACGCAAACAAGCCUCAAACCCCAACUGCAACUGCGGACCACAAGCUCAAAACUGCCCAGCUGGACCACCAGGACCUCCAGGUCCACCAGGAGAUCGUGGACUCGACGGACAACCAGGUUCAGGUGGAAAGCCAGGAGGUCCAGGUAUCGCUGUCGCUCGACCAGUCAAGCAAACUGCAUGCAUCCCAUGUCCACAAGGUUCACCAGGAGCUCCAGGACAACCAGGACAACCUGGACCAGCUGGACCAAACGGGCAACCAGGAGCCCCAGGAUUUGGAGGAGGACAAGGGCCACCAGGACCACCAGGACCACCAGGAGACAAUGGAGCACCAGGAAACCCAGGAUCACCAGGACAACCUGGACAACAAGGACAAUCUGGACAACGUAGUCGUGGACUUCCAGGCCCAGCCGGACCAUCGGGACAACCAGGACAACCAGGAGCCCCAGGGCAACCAGGAAACGGCGGAGGCCCAGGACAACCAGGUUCACCUGGACCAGCCGGACCAUCAGGACAACCAGGUCAACCAGGACAACCAGGACAACCCGGGCCACCAGGAAACCCAGGUGCUCCAGGAUCGGACGCCGCCUAUUGCCCAUGCCCAUCGAGAAGCGGAAGCGUACCGGUUAGCGGCGGAUUCGCCACUCAAGACUACCGCAGACGUGCUGCGGUUCAUCGCAAUGUUGCUGCGGCUCGUGUUGUCAAACGUCGUCGUGUUGCCAAGAAACGUGUGGCAGCCAGAAGACAUGUUCAAGCCUAA